CCAGGCAGGUCACGUGACCAAAGGUUGAUGUCAGCCAUCUUGGUUUUUUGAUCAGUCUUGUCGUGAUCGUCACAGAUUUAACUCUUUUUCUCAUUGGUAAGUCACACCGUUUUAAUAACAGGAGACGAUUACGUUAUCAGUCACAUUUAAAUUAUUUCGAUCAAACUAGAGAAACUUAAAUAAAAAUUAUACAAGAAAAAUAAUAAUAAAAAAAAAAGUAAAUUUGCUCUUAUCAGAAAAAGUUUAAAAUGUCUGAAACUGCUUUAAAGUUUGGUCCUGAAUGGUUACGCAAUUUGUCUCAUGGUAAUAGUGUUAUGUCACCACCAUCAUCUCCAGCAUGUACUAAAUACAAACUGGCAGAACAUCGUUAUGGGAGAGAAGAAAUGUUAGCUCUGUUUAAUAAAGAUGCCAAAAUGCCAGAUUUAUCAGAAUUUCCUUUUUUAGCUGUGGAGAAGUGUCAGUUACCUUUAGCUUAUGUUCCAAUGACUGAAGAAGAGCAGCGGCCUUGGUCAAGAUGUGUAAACAGUGAUAUAGUGUUGCGUUUAACUGGAAAAGGUGGUGGUGGUGGAAAUUCUGGUAUUUCAAGAGGGGGUGGUCGUGGAGGAUCUGUAGAUAGAGGAAGAGGUAGAGGACGUGGCAGUUACUAUCCAAGAGGUUUAUCCUUUGAAGAUGAAGAUGGCCCAUUUGCAAGACCAAGGCCAAUGGAGCGCAGCCAGAGCAUGAGUGAGAGAGAUCAGCGUUGGGAAGAUCGAGAGAGAAGAUUUGAUAGACCUUAUACAGGAAGAGGAAGCAGUGGAAUUGACGAUAAUAGUAAUGCUCCAAGAAAGGAAGGUUCUAGGGUUCCCCUAGAUAAUUGGAGGAGACCUCGAGGUCAAGGGGAAGAAGGAGGGUGGAGGACUGCUGGAUCUCGAGGACCAGAAAAAUGGAGUAGGGGGUCAUGGAGAAAUCAAAUGGAUAAAGAGAAGAAUGGGGAAGAUUUGGAUAGAGGCACUCAUAUAAACAAUCAUGAUGAUUGUUUGCCUAAUGGCCCAAAUAAAUCCAGUAGCCAUCAUUCAAAUAAGAAAUCACUUUGUGGAUGGGAUGAUGAGGGAGAUGGUGCAGGUGAUCAAUUACCAGAAUGGAGCACGGAAGAUGAUGUUGAUGCAGAUAGAGUUGGAACAUUUGAUGCCUCUGGUGCCUUCAUGGAAAACAAAGGUCAUGAAAACUGUUCUGAAGAUUAUGACAGUGCUCAAGAUGACUCUGGGGGAGAAGAAGAAUCUUCAAAUCAAGAUAGUGUUAAACUAACAACAAAGUCCAUCAGGCCUUCUGAUGAGAAGUCAAAAGUAGAAACAAACUGUGUUCAAUCAUUAGAUAAAUGUAAGACAGAAAUAUCAAAAGAUCUUGAACAUAAAGAAAUAAAAAUUGUGAAUAGUGAUCAGUCAUUUGUAGAUAGUGCAAAAGAUCUUAAUUUGAUUAAUGAAAAUAAACUUAGUCCUAAAAAUGAGCGGACAUGUACAAUUGAAUCAAAUUCUGUUGGUGCUAUUUUAACAAAUAUAACUAAACAGAUGCAUCCUGCACUUCAGAGACCUCCAGUGAAUUGUUCUCCAAAUCAUAACUUUCAUGAAAUAAAAGAAAGUAAUCAUUCAUCAUCAUUAGUUUCAGUACCAUCACAACCAACAGAAGAAGAUAAUUUUGCUCAUUUGGAAAAGGCAACGGAAAACAUGGUUGCAGAGUGGACAGCUGAGGAAGAACAGAGGGUUUCAUCACAAAUAGCAGAUAAAACAACUAUUCUUCCUAUUCAUCAUGAUGAUGCAUAUAAAUGGUUUUAUAGAGAUCCACAAGGAGAAAUACAAGGUCCCUUCACUCCAGCAGAGAUGUUGGAAUGGUUUACGGCAGGUUAUUUCACAAUGGCUUUGAUGGUGCGUCGAGGUUGUGAUGAGAGAUUUGCACAACUAGGUAAAUAUUUUCUUUUUUAUAUUAGGCUGCAAUUUUCAAAUUGCAGACCUGUAUAUUCCCACUGUCCCUUUGCCUGUCUGUCUUUCAUUAAUCUCAAUAGUGGAGUUAGAUAAAUGAAAAUUGAGACUAGAUGUUGAAAGCUUAAGGGCUGGAGUCCAUGAUUAACUGUAUAAAUACUGGAGUUAAAUAAAUGACCAGCAUGACUUGAUUGUUAUCAGAAGUAUGAUGAUCAAUGGCAAGACACCACUAAAAUUCAGGCCAGAUAUGGAAGGCUUAGGUGCCAGAGACCCUGAUUAAC